CUCUGAUUGACGUCUCUCACAGUCAAUCCAAAUAUUUCCGGACCAACGUGAGUUUCCUGAAUCUUGGGAAACUGUCAAGUGAAAUGGAGGUGACAUUGAGCAGCAGAUCAGGUGGAGAUUUAAACUUGCUUUUGCUCCGUUUGAGUAAAACCUCAUUUAUGGCAGUUGCUCUCUCAGUUCCCCUGGUAAAUAUUUGACAGGGAUUUCUAGUGUGGGAGUAACACUUUUCAUUCUCAAAGGCUUUUACAUUAGUAAGGCCUCGAAUGUGUUUAACACGAGAUUAGAGAAAGAAGGCGCAAUGAUGUUUGUGUGAGGUUUCCAAAAGCUCAACACAAUUUCCUGACCCACAAGGUGCAUCUUAUAUACAAAGUUAGUACAAUAAACAGCUAAAUGGAAGAGAAGCCAUUCAAGUGUGAAGUGUGUGACCGAGCAUUCACACAGUCAUCAACGCUUGUGAAUCACCAACAUAUUCACACAGGGGAGAAACCAUUUACCUGUGAAGUGUGUAACAGAGGAUUUACACAGUCAUCAGCUCUGGUGAAACACUGGCGCAUUCACACGGGUGAGAAACCGUUCACAUGUGAGGUAUGCCACAAAUCAUUUUCAGUGUCAUCGAAUCUCCGCACACACCAACGUAUUCAUACAGGGGAGAGGCCAUUCAAGUGUGUGGUUUGCAAUAAAACAUUUUUGAAGUCUACAAGCCUCCUGAUACACCAGAGGAUUCACACAGGGGAAAAACCGUUCAAGUGUACGGAAUGUGAAAAAUCUUUUACCUGUUCCUCUGAUCUCCUGAUACACCAGAGGAUUCACACAGGGGAGAAGCCCUUCAAGUGUGAGGUGUGCGAGCGAGCCUUCACACAGUCAUCGCUGCUGCUAAAGCACCAACGUAUCCACACCGGGGAGAAGCCAUUCAAGUGUGAGGUGUGUGACCAAGGAUUUUUGAAGUCGGGGAACCUCCGUGUGCACCAACGCAUGCACACUGGGGAGAAACCUUUCAAGUGUGAGGUGUGUAACAGGGGAUUUGCCCAGUCAUCAACUUUGGUCAGUCACUGGCGCAUUCACACUGGUGAGAAACCAUUCACGUGUGAUGUAUGCGGCAAAUCAUUCUCAAGGUCAUCGAGCUUCCGUGUGCACCAACGCAUUCAUACUGGGGAGAAGCCGUUUUCAUGUGAUGUCUGCAACAAAUCCUUCUCCAGUUCAUCAAAACUCCUGCUGCAUCAGAGGAUUCACAUAUGUGGAGGAAGACUGCACAGUCUCAUAAGAUUUCCCAACGUACAAGAUGCAACUUUUGCAUCAACUAUAAACUCGAGAAGCAAGAUGGAAGAGAAACCAUUCAAGUGCAAAGUGUGUGACAAAUCGUUCUCACGCUCAUCCCACUUCAGCCUUCACCAACGCAGUCACACAGGGGAGAAGCCGUUCAUGUGUGAGGUGUGUGACAAAGCAUUCUCACAUUUUUCAAACCUCCGUGCCCACCAACGCAUACACACAGGGGAAAAACCAUUCACAUGUGAGGUGUGUGACAAAUCAUUUUCACAGUCAUCGAUACUCCGUGCUCACCAGCGCAUUCACACAGGAGAGAAACUGUACACCUGUGAAGUGUGUGACAAAUCCUUCACGCAGUCAUCGAACCUCCUGGUCCAUCAGGCAGUGCACACAGGGCAGAAACACUUCAAGUGUGAUGUUUGCAAUAAGGCUUUUGCAACAUCCACAAGGCUUCUUACACACCAGAGGAUUCACACAGAGGACAAACCCUUCAAAUGUGAGAAUUGUGAGAUAUCUUUUGUCCAAUUAUCAGACCUCCUGACACACCAGAGGAUACAUACAGGGGAGAAGCCCUUCAAAUGCGAAGUUUGUGACCGAGCCUUCACACAGUCAUCAACACUCAUACAACACCGACGCAUUCACACUGGGGAGAAACCAUUCAAAUGCGAGAUUUGUGACAAAUCGUUCUCACGUUCAUCCCACUUUCACACACACAAACGCAUUCACACCGGAGAGAAGCCAUUCAGAUGCACAGAGUGUGACAAAUCAUUCUCACGAUCCUCUAUUCUCCGUGAACACCUUCGCCUCCACACAGGAGAGAAAGCUUUCACAUGUGAGGUGUGUAAUAAGGGCUUUGCACAGUUAUCAGGCCUGUUGAAUCACCGGCACAUUCACACAGAGAAAAGCUUUACAAAUGUGAGGUCUGUGACUGAGUCUUCACCCAGUCAUCAAUUUUAUAAUAGAAUUCAAAAUGGUGAACUUUGCCCAUUUGCCUCCAUUGUAUUUGUAAUGCUGGAGGAUGACAUAAUAAGAGUAUUCAGGAGGAAAAAGAGUCUCUUAUCACAUAAGGUGCAUUUGUUGUACAGCAACAGCUUCAUGGAAGAGAAGUCACUGAAGUGUGAGGUUUGUGAUCCAGCCUUCACAAUGCCAAUGACACUUGUGAAUCAUCAAUAUAUUCACACUGGUGAGAAGCCAUUCAAGUGUGAGGUGUGUGACAAAACAUUCUUGUACUCAUCAACCCUCCGCAGACACCAACAGCUUCACACAGGGGAGAAACCCUUUAAAUGUGAUGUGUGUGACAAAUCAUUCUUACAGUCGUGGGGUCUCCUUGAACACCAGCGCAUUCACACAGGAGAGAAACCAUUCACGUGCAAGGUGUGCAUCAAAUCAUUCUCUACUUCUUCAGCCCUUCGUGUUCACCAGCGCAUUCACACAGGACAGAAACCAUUCACCUGCAAGGUGUGUGACAAAUCAUUCUCACACUCAUCCACACUCCACGGACAUCAACGCAUUCACACUCGGGAAAAACCAUUCACAUGUGACAUAUGUGACAAGUCAUUUACCAAUUCAUCAACCCUCCAUGCACACCAACGCAUUCACACAGGGGAGAAACCAUUCACGUGCAAGGUAUGCGACAAAUCUUUCUCACAGUUAUCACACCUCCGCAGACACCGAUGUAUUCACAAAGGCGAGUAACCAUCAACAGGCACUGUACAUGACAAAUAUUCUGUAAUUUAUUGGCUUUCCACAAACACAGAUGCACUCACACAUGUGAUGUAUGCAACAAACCCUUCUCGAGGCCUUUGACCCUCCUGUUCCAUCAGAAGAUUCACACAGGAGCAACUCUUCAGGCAUGAGGGGUGUGAGAAAUCCAUCUCGAGACUAUCAAAUGUCCACUCAGACCAACUCAGUGAAUACAGGAGAGAUUAUUUCAGUUCUUCGGCAUCAUUGACCAUCUGUGCAUACUAAUACAUUCAUAUGGAGCACAAUCCCUUCAUUUGUGAGAUGAAUCGGAAAACUUUUUCCUUACGUUAGAGUUGUGCAAAUACCAGCGCAGUCACACUGGGGAAAAGCUGUUUAAGCGUGUCAGAUGUAACAAAUUGUUGUCAAAUUCAUUAACUCUUCACAGAUAUCAACACUUUCUCGACAGGGACGAACCAUUCACUGGUAGUGUGUGUCAAAUUAUUCUUUUUGUAAUUGCACCUCCACACACAUCUAAGCAUCCACAGAGGCAAGAUACAUUCAAGUGUAAGGUGGGUGAUAAAUUAUGCUCACAGCCAUUGAACCUCCUGCUCCAUUAGAUAAUUCACACACUGAGUAACAAUUUAACUGUGAGGUUUAUGGUUAAGAUUUUGUCAUGUCUUCAGCUCUUCUGGAAUACCAGAGGACUUAUGGAGGGGAGUAAACUUUCAAAUAUGAUUUGUGAAAAAACUUCCACCAACGUCCCCAGUCUUCAAAAGCAUCAGUGGAUCCAUGCUGGAAAGAAACAAUUCGGAUGGGAGAUGUGUGUUGAGGCUUUCACACAAUCUUCUGGUCCCCCUGUACACAGACACUGAGAAACUCUUCUGAUGCGAGUCUUAUUUUAAUGCUGGAACAUCAGUGAAUCCACUCGGAGAUGGAUCUCUUGAAGGGAAGAAGGAAGAGAAACUAGAGAACAGUGUGAAUUCAGAGCUAGGACAGGAGGGAGCAUUAAUGCAAGUUUGUCUAAGGAGACAAGUGGAAGGGAAGGAAGUGGCAUAGGCAGCUCGUGGGAUUGUUUCAAGCUUACUUCUCUGAGCAAAGAAGUCAGUAUCCAGAGUGCAGAGAUUUAAAGUUAAUAGAUUCAAGUCAGGAUUAGAGGAGAUUUGAGGAUAAGUGUUUUUCACCAAAGGGUGCUGACGCUCUGGAGUUGACUGUCUGAAAAGAUGAUAGAGUCAGAAACAUUUUGAAACACUUGGAUACAAACCUGAAGGAAUCACUUCUCUACAUUUAAAAUGAAGAUUGCAAUUGAGCGUUCAGCAAAAAAAUUCAUCUUAAAAUAAGUCAACAUUUAAAAGCCAAAAAAUACACACUGGGAGUAAAAAGGCAAUUUUGGAAUGAAUAAUUUUCAUAAAUUGGCCAAAUCAUCCUGCCAGCAUUCUGUGGUACCUUGCGAACCUGGCAAACACAAUGACUGAUGUUUUCAAUUGACCAGUCACGAGAUAGUGAAUGAAGCCUCAGACUACACAAUGAAUGUGCACCUAUCCAGUUCAAUGAUUGACCCAACCACUGAACUCCUCUGACUACCCUGCAGAACUGUAAAUAACAACAAGUCAAUGAGCUGCAUGGAGCCACCACAUCUGAAUGUGCUCCAUAUUCCUUGGAAACAUUCAUCACAGAAAACUUGCUGUUUCAAGUGAAAUUAACCUAAUCUGAUAACCAGGGUCUUCUAAAUCAAAACAAGUUUCAUAUGUUAAUGGACUGGUCAUGAAUCAGGAUUUGAGACUGUUACAAUAUGUCAGAUGACACAGAUUUGGGGAUGUGUUUGUGCUCUUUUGUCGGUUUCACAAAAUGUGUGUUUAGCAGGAAGUGUGGUCGUGGCAGUAGCAAGAGACCAACGACCCCAGAAACAGACAACAGUAAAAGCAGCAGUUGCAGCACUACACAGUGUAGAGCUUCAUUGAAAAUCAGUUUAAGAAGGAGAUUGGAUGAAUUCAAACAGAACAACAAAGCUAAAGGAACAGCAAGAAUUAAAGCAGCAAAUUUUCAGAAACAGCAGUUCAAGGAUGAACAGUGAGACUACAGCUCAGACUUUCUAGGAAUAGAGUAUGAGUUUGAUAUUGAAUUAACUCAAAAAAGGAGCAGGGAACUGAUGUUUGUGUGUUUAUGAAUCAUACAAUAAACUGUUGGAGAGUGAA